GAAGAUCAAUUCAGUCUCGACCUGAACGGUCCCCAGCCCAGGUGAGGACUUUUACUGGUCUUUCCCAAAGCCAACCAUACCCGUUACGCUACCUUGCAUGAGACUGCAUGUCAAUUAGACGAUGAUGUAGAUCAGUUGGAGGCUUCGUGCCUAAGCACAACAUAACGCUAGUCAAGCUUACAGCUGGGGAAUUUUUCCAAAACUUCGCAUCGAGCCUAGACAUCAAGGCGCAAUCACAUUUCCCCCCUUAUUCGAGUAUAUUUAGACUCCUGUGUCCAGCUGCCUCGCCUGACAUUCACAAUCAUUAACCAUAAUCCAUCGCAAUGAAAACCCCGAUUCAUAAUACUUCUUCUGCGCUUGGGCAGAUGUCUGGGCUCGGUACUUCCUACACCAACCGCAAUGAACAGUACCUUUUGGACACGCUCCGGAUCAUUCGCUUUGCGAAAAGACCACUGACAACGUUUGAGCUGCAGGGUGCCAUGGAUACACUGAAGUGUCACCGUAACAUAGGCAAACUCAGGGACCCGUCAAUGAGUACGAAGGAAUUUCUAAGAGAUUACGCGGAUCUGAUAACAAUCACCACGGACCGUGAGAAGGGAAGGAUUGUGCGACUAUCUUCCAGAGAGGCAUUUCAGCAUUGUCUACUACAGGCAGCACGGCAGAAUUAUGAUGGCCAGCCUCUCAUGACAGAUGUCUGUUUGGAUGCAUUGCUGUCAGAUAAACGCACUACAUAUCAUGAAGGUUCUCCCCAGGCAUUGUUCGUGGACUAUGCCGCAACGUACUGGCCAUAUCAUUUAUCAGGCUGUCCAUCAGAUUACAACUACAACCACAAGGCAGUGCUAGCAGUUCCUUGGGACAGGCCCGAAAAGUUAUCUAUGUGGAAAGAUAAACUUCAUUCUGAGUGUGCUGGAAUACCUUCCAAAGAAGCCAUUUAUGCACAAGUACUUGGCCUUGACCUUUUCUGGUCUUUUGUGAAAAGGACGGCGGAGAUUUUUGCAACGGACGAAAUAGGGCGGGAGGAGGGCGAGGAACCGGAGGAUUUCAUGGACGAAACCUUAUUUGAGUAGACUGUAAUCAGUCGUCGCGGCCAUACCGUGCACUGCGGAUGCGGUCAUUCAGGGUAUUAGAUCUCGAUAAUGUUGAUGGGAUUGUACGAGGACGAGUUUUGGUCAAGAUUUUGUAAGAUUAUUGAAUUGCUAGGUAGAGACGGACGGCACAGCAGAGGAGAAAUCGACUCUCUAAGAUGGAGAUCAAAUAGAAGAUAUAAGACGAUAAUUCGGGUCCGUUCACGA